AUGGCAGUCAUGGAUCUACUUAUAGAAAAGAUAAACGACCUCCAGGACAUAUGCAUAGAGAAUGGUAUAUCGAAUAAAAUCGAGCUUCCGCAGAUAGUAGUUGUUGGCAGCCAGAGCUCUGGGAAAAGCAGUGUGCUUGAAAACAUAAUAGGUAGGGAUAUACUGCCAAGAGGCACGGGGAUUGUCACCCGGAGACCCCUAAUCCUACAGCUUAUCCACAGCAAGACUGAAGACUAUGCGGUUUUCAACCAUCUUCAGGAGAAGAGAUACACCGACUUUGAGGAGGUGAAGAAAGAGAUUGUAAGGGAGACAAACCGGGUCUUAAAGUCGAAGAACGACGUCUCGCCCCAGCCCAUUAUACUCAAGUAUUACUCUUCCAAGGUCCUGACGCUCACACUGGUUGAUCUCCCUGGGCUGGUAAGAGUCCCAACCAACGACCAGCCCAAGGACAUAUGCACGAAAAUAACGGAGAUGUGCAGGAAGUAUGUGUCGAAUAAGAACGCCCUGAUUCUUGCGGUUUCCUCUGCUAACACAGACAUAUCAAACUCUGAUGCUCUGCAGCUUGCCAGAGAGGUUGACCAUAACUACGAAAGAACGAUUGGCGUUCUUACCAAGGUGGAUCUUAUGGACUCUGGGACAGAUGUUGUGGACAUUCUAGCAGGAAGGAUCAUAUGCCUAAGGCUGGGCUUUGUUCCUGUUGUGAACAGAAGCCAGCAGGACAUCGAGAAGAACAAAGGCAUACAGCAGGCACUGAAAGACGAGGAGCUGUUUUUCUCGACCCACGAGUCCUACAAAAGAAACAGGGCGUAUUGUGGGACAGCAUACCUGAUAUCAAAGCUCCACAACAUUCUUCAUGAGCACAUAAGGCAGUGCUUACCUGAGCUCCAAGAAAGGAUCAACAGCGGAAUGAUCGAUGCACAGAAUAAUCUCAGGGACCUUGGAAAUGUAUGCCUGAGCCCAAAGGAAAAUGUAAUGAGAAUCAUCAACGGCGUUUCGAAGAGGUUCAGUGAUAUUCUGUCGGGGAACAUUGAGUCGAAGGGAAACGAGCUGAUGGGAGGAGCAAGAUUAAACUAUGCAUUCAACCACCACUUCUCGAAGUUUAUAAACAGGCUUGGGGCCCUGGACAGCAUUCACGACGAGCAAAUAAGAGCGCUGCUGUACAACUCCAGUGGGUCAUCAUCUGUUCUUCUGUUUGGCCAUGCAGCAUUUGAAAAGCUAGCAAGGAUCUCUGUUGAGUCUUUCAAGCCUCACAGCCUGAAGCUUGUAAGCAUAGUGUUUUCUGAGCUGGUCAGAAUGAUCAAGCACAUUGUGGAUGGAUCUACCAUAAACAGGUAUCCUGUGCUUGGAGAGAAGGUCAUAAGCAGUGCGAUUAGAAUGCUUAAAGAACGGUGUGAUGCAACGCAUAGGCUAGUUGAAUCGUUUAUUGACUGGAAUACAGGGUACAUCAGCACCAAGCAUCCUGACUUCAUAAAGUGGAGCGAAAUGCUGUCGAAGGAGCUAGAGGACUCCACGGCGGAAAGGAAAGCAGAAAGAAUAGACUUCUACAAGGGGAUGGAGACCAAAGCCACUCUUGACUCCAUCCCCAAUACAUUGAGGAUUCGCGACGGGCUUUCAGAACAGGAGGCCAUAGAAAUAAGCAUGAUUAAGUCUAUGGUUGAAUCCUAUUUUGAAAUAACUAAGAAAAUAGUUGUUGACCAGGUCCCAAAGGCAAUAAUGUGUGAACUUGUCAAGAAAGCCGAGAAUUCUCUUCAGGAAACACUGUUUCUGGAGAUAUAUAACAGGGAUGAUAUAGACACCAUAGCCUCUGAGUCUGAGGAGGUAAGGAUGGAAAGAGGCAGGAUAGAGUCCAUGCUGAAAGCCCUGAAGCAGGCUUAUGACAUAAUAUGUUCUUUAUGA